AUGCCACAUCAUCAACCUUCCCCUCCUCAAGAUCUGGCGCAGAACGAUGCAGUUACUGGCAGUGCCGAGAGUGACGGUGGCGAGAACGGUGGCGAUGGCCGCAAAGGUUAUGGAAAGCGCGAGUUAAGCACGAGCAAAAGAGCUGCUCAGAAUCGAGCCGCCCAGAGGGCUUUCCGACAACGAAAAGAAGGCUACAUCAAGAAACUCGAAGAGCAAGUACGAGACUAUCAGGUACUCAGCGAGAACUUUAAAGCAGUGCAAGCCGAAAACUAUCAACUCCGUGACUACAUCAUCAACCUCCAAUCUCGGUUAUUAGAGUCACAAGGCGAAGUUCCACCUCCACCAAGUAAUGUCGACGGCCUGCAACCGGGCAAAGCUGGACCUUCACAGCAACAGGGCACCUUGCCUCGAUUGUCAGAGCUAGGUGCAGUCGCCCAAACGCAGGACGGCCUCAGCAGCCUGCAUCAAGAGCCUCCUCGGACAGGGCUAUAUCCUGAUCCAACAUAUUCUGAAUCUCCAGUCACGAAGCGCGCCAGGACGGGUUCGGCCGAGAUGACUCCAUCUCAAGCGGCAUUGCAAGGACCGAACAUCCUAUCCCAGCAAUCCGCAGGCGCUCGGUAA